UGUCUCCCUGACUCUCCCCGCCCUCUGGCGGCUCCUGGCGCCCCCUGGCGAGCGGGGAGAGCACGCGCGUCUAGAACCCCUGGGAGAGCCCUGGGAGGCUAAAUCCAUGGAUUUGGAGCUGGGGGCCAGGGAGUGUGCUAAGUCCAUGGAUCUAGAGCUGGAGGGGGAGCCAGUCGGUCUGAUGGAUCUGGAGCUGGGGGAAUGUGCUAGGUCCAUGGAUCUAGAGCUGGAGGGGGAGCACGCUGGGCGUCAUGGAUCUGGAGGUGGGAGAGCAUGCAGGCCCCACAGGGAGCUGGGAGAGGGUAUUGAAAAUCUUCCAUGUGAACUCCAAAGGAAUUUCCAGCUGAUGCGUGAACUGGAUCAGAGAACAGAAGAUAAGAAAGCCGAGAUCGACAUCCUGGCAGCUGAGUACAUCUCCACUGUGAAGAACCUGUCCCCUGAGCAGCGUGUGGAGCACCUGCAGAAGAUCCAGAAUGCAUACAGUAAAUGUAAGGAGUACAGUGACGACAAGGUGCAGCUCGCCAUGCAGACCUACGAGAUGGUGGACAAACACAUUCGCCGCCUUGAUGCGGAUCUCGCACGCUUUGAAGCUGAUCUGAAGGAGAAGAUGGAAGGCAGUGACCUGGAGAGUUCAGGAGGAAGAGGCCUGAAAAAGGGCCGGGGGCAGAAGGAGAAAAGAGGCUCCCGGGGUCGCGGGAGACGCACGUCAGAGGAAGACACUCCGAAGAAGAAAAAACUGAAAGGCGGGUCAGAGUUUGCAGAAACCAUCCUCUCGGUGCACCCCUCGGACGUCCUGGACAUGCCUGUGGACCCCAACGAGCCCACCUACUGCCUCUGCCACCAGGUGUCCUAUGGAGAGAUGAUUGGCUGUGACAACCCGGAUUGUCCCAUUGAGUGGUUUCACUUUGCUUGUGUGGAUCUCACCACGAAGCCCAAAGGAAAAUGGUUCUGUCCUCGCUGCGUUCAGGAGAAGAGGAAGAAGAAGUAAGGAAGACCCAGAAGGACCAGUUAAUACCUUCCUCCCUUCCUGUUGUCAUAGCUUACCUUUAUUUUUAAACUACCUUGUCGUUUUUGGUCUGGUGUUGGCCAGUUGUAAUUCUUGGUAUUUCAAAACAAAAAGCAGAAAGCCAGCUCUCUUUUUACAGGGAGAGGCUCUUGUAGGUAAAUUUGCCACAGGGACUUUGUUUUCUUUCCUUUUUUACCAUGGAUUCCCGAUAGCACUGAACUGGGCAGUAACACUUUUACUAUUCAAAUGGGGUGUUUGCUAAUUGGGCAUCAGGAAACAUGGGACAGCCACAAGGAGUCCGUGGCCGUGACAUGAAUGCCCCCUUUGGCACCUGGUGCCCGCCAUCACUUGGGAAGUGUAGAUGUGACCCUCUGUAGAGGUGGCGGAGCAGCCCCAGCUGCUAGACAGUGAGGACACCCUUCACCGACGCACACGUCCAUAGGGGCUGGGGCAUCUCCUCAGCUCCGAUUCUGAAGCCAGUGACUGUGUUUACUUGUGGUAAGGGCCUCUCCCCUGUGCCUGCCAGCUACGGGUCUUAGGGUUCUUACCGUUAGGAAGUAAUUUCUGCUUUAUUGUGCACUGCCCUGUUGGUUUGAAUCUCCACUCCUUCCCUCUCACGAGGGCUGUACUCGCCUGUUCUGGAGCAAAGUGGGUUUUCAUUAGCAUGGAGGCUCUCGGACCUGCUGAUGACCCAUUUCUCUGGAAGUUCCUCAAGUUUUUACUGUGAAGACAAGCUUAAUGUUUUAGCAUGAAGAUAGUGGGGUCUGAUGUGUUUUAUGAAGUGAAAGUCCAGUCUGCUAAGACCUGGUUUUAUAUCUGAUUUAUGUUGCACACUGUUAGAGCUGUAUCCAAGGGGACUAGAUAAUCGAAGAUGACGUGUGGAUUCCUGUAAUUCUGCCGCAGCUCGGCAAGGAAGCUGUCGGCUCGGCUGGGGUAGACUUACUGAUCGGCAUUCACCACAAACUCAUUGUAAUGAUCCUUUGAGUGACAUUUUAAAUGAGUACUUCAGUGUCUGGACAUUUAUUCUGCUACUUUUGAGAUGCGUAGAAAGACAGGGUUGGAAUUCUGGUAAUACUCUGAGCAUCCCAGAAACCCUUAGCAUGGAAGCAAAGGCGUUAAAAAGGAAUUAGAAGAAGAGGGAAGCAGAAAAUGCUUUCUUCUUAGAAUCUGGAGAGUGAAUCUGGUCGAUCUAAUUGAGGACUGGAAUUCUAACGAAGAAGAUGCUGCUUUGUUAGCUGUGGAAGGAGGGUCCCUUGGAAAGAUGCCGUUGAGGUGUAUUCUUCCUGUGUUUACUGCUGUCACCUGUGAUUCUCCCUUUAGAAGGGGCAGAGUGAUGAGGGAAUCCGGGAACACUGCCAGCCUUGUCACCAGGUUCAUUUUUAGUGAGGGAGGGUGGUGAGAACCUCAAACACAAAGAUACUAUUAAUCAUCGACAGAGUGAAUCUGAUCCUCCUAAGAGUUCUCCCAUUCUCCACAUCCAGGCUACCUUCUGUUUGAGGCCUUUGUGUUUCUGACAGAAUGAUGUGCCGAGAGUUGUGGUGUUUAAGUCAUUGAAUCGUGGUGUUUAUACUCUGAAUUUUUGUCCAAGUUGUAGGUUUGAGCCUUGAGCACUUUCGAUUCUUGGAAAAGAGGGAUCAGGCAGCUGCUCCCCCCUCCCUCUCCUGCAGGGUCAGAUCUAUGUUUAGAACCCACUGCUCUGGGCUCUUGGGGAGUGGCCUGGGCAAAGGCCUGCCUGGCUGUUCUUCCCUUCUGGCCCAGGGCAGACAGCCACUUACUCUGUUCUGGGAUUCGUUGAAUGCUUCAUCUGCUCUAGUCAGUUGCUGUGCUGUUGAAAAGCAGGGAAAAAAGUAGUAGAAAUUAUGGGGAAAAUAUUUUUCUAGACUUUCUUCCCAGUCUGUAUGGUGAAGCCUGUAAGUGCAGUAAAUCUGCAGUAAAAGAAUUUCUGCUGAUUUCUUAGUAGCCAGUUGAACAGUGUACGUCUUUGGUCUUUGACCACAUGGUAGACAGUGUCUUGCUCAUUAGUGUAGGGUUUUGGGACUUAGUAAUCAGCAUCUGGGGGCUUGUGAUCUCACGAGAAAGCGAUUGGUGAGAUGCCAGUUCUCAUUGUCCUGUUCUGGGGAGGCUCUCUGCCUUGAGGAUUCUGUUUUUCAUUGCCACCAAAACGUGAGGCCAACAACUUUGGAGCAAAUGGACAGAGAGUGGAAGAGAAAAGGCCCCUCAGCAGUCUCUGAACUAGAGCGGAUGUGUCUGUCUGACCAGUGUGAUGGGGGAGAUGAUCCCAUCCUGGGGGUGGGCCUGCAACUGCAGCAUUCUCCCCAUCCCUCCUAGUCCUCUAAGGUUAGACCUAGCCUGAUUUUAGGGGGCAUGGCUCUCAGGCCAGUUCUGCCUGUCCCUAAAGUCUGCCAUUGAAACUAGCCUGUCUCCUGUAGGCUGGGAAGAGCCUUGGUCUCCUCGGUCUACUCCAGCCCAGGGCUGCUCUUGAAGGUUUGGACUGGAUUGUGAAUGAUUUCAGGACGGAGACUGGGUCUUAGCUAACCUUUGGUCUCCCCCUAGCACAGUCCCCUGCACAUGCUUAGUGCUAAAUAACUGUUUGUUGAUUGAAAUGAAUGCAUUUUGAAUGUCCCAGACUAUUUAAUCCCACAGUUUAUGACACUGUAUAUGAGCCAGGUAUAAUGUAUUAUCCAUAUUUUUUUGUGCUUAUUUGCAAGUAAAACUAUAGUCUAUUCAGAAGAAAAGUCGCAACAUUUCAGGAGUUGAUUUUCCCUUCCUCGAUGCUUAGAUUAUUGGAGUAAACACUUUUAGAACAAUUCUUCUGUUGUCUUCUGGGAGCAAACAUGCUGCAUUAUUAAAAACAAAGUGUUUGUUUCAUUGAGUCCCAUAAACCUGUGUUUGUCUGUAGUGGAAUUGCUGGCUGGAGUAAGUCCCUUAGUAACUGACCCCUUGGAGGCAGCUCAGGAGCUCCUGAAUCUAGAAAUGCAAAGCUGGACCUCCCUUCAAGCCGGCGGGCAGUUCCGCCUUUGGGUAGGCGGACCAGUUGGGGGAAGAACAGUCCCCCAGUGAGUGCCCAAGAGGCUUCUCUCUCCUAGAAAAAAGGGACCAUUAAAGUCAGUCAGUCACAGGACAGGCUCAGACUUCAUUUUUUGUUCUUUCUCUGUGACUUCUCAGAGCGUAUCAUGUCAGCACAGGAGUAGGGUUGGUCUAAUCUAAUCUACCAUAAAGCCCGCCGAGAGCAGCUUUCUUUCUCUGCUCCACAGAGGGGUGGGGAUGGAGAGUGGGCAGGGACUGGGGUUUUUCUUUUUCCUUUUAAACAAAAUGAAGAAUUUUGAUUCUGGGCAUUGGAAAGUUUCACGGUUUCCUAGGUUUUUGGUGUUCCAGUGUUUGCAGUUUGAUCACCUUUGCGAAAAGGAUUGAAAAACUGGGGAAAUCUAAGAUGGUUCUAAUUCUCGCAAGGUUACAGAGACUUUUUUCCACAUACAUGUGUAUUUUGUGUCUUCAGCUUUACCACAUUUCAUCCAAAAAGAUGAUGAUGCAGCUUUAACAUGAAUGUUACAUUUUAUUUUCAAAGGAAAUAUGUUCCCUUUGUAAAUGGAAGAGAAUAUUGUAAAUCUUUUUAUUAAAAAUAAUGUAAAGUAAAAAUGUAUAUCUGUAUUUUUGGAUCAUGUUAUAGAUAAUGGAUAUAUUGUUUAAUAAAUAAAAAUAUUUUUGGGAACAAAA